AUGAGACAGGCAAUAAUUUCCAGCUUUGCAGAGGUCCUUGCCCUCGUCGAACGUCGACAGGCCGAGUUACUUCAUUCAGUUCGCCGGGUUGCCGCAGAAAAACGGCGAGCUCUGACUGAUCAAUUGGCACUUAUUGAAUCUGAAAGGGACGCUGUACGACGCGAAUGCGACAGAUUAACCGAUAUGAUUGAUGUACGCUGUAUAUCCAAAGGCAUAAGUUACCUGAAUGAUAAGCUUGAUACUAUCGCGAGUCUUACUGAGCCCCGUGAGAAUGCAUUCUUGCGCUAUCAAGACCGUCCAUUGGCUCUAGGCAACCAGAACUCACCCUCUCGGCUGACCUUGUUUUCUAGACUUGUGUCAGUAGCUCAACAAAGGCAGCUAAUGCACCAACAACAACUUGCCUCUUUUCACUUCGGCAGCCAAGGCUAUCCAGGAAAUAUGGAUCGUCACCAGGAGGCACUGUUGCUUCAGCAGCAUCAGCACCAUUCUCCUACCCAAAGACGCAUUUCUCUUCAGAUACGCCCUCAACUCCAAAACCACUGCAACUACUACCAACAUUCAAGAUGGUUACAAGAACAACAACAGGUGAGUAAUAUUGGGUCUCAGUAA